UUGCUGGAAAACGAUCGAGGAGUUCAAAGAGUACGAAGAUGACUCUGAUUUUGAUGAUUAAGAAGGAUACGCACACGGAGAGGAGGCUUCACCAGAUGAUGUUUGCAGACUGCGAUUACGAGAGGAACAAGGUGGUCGUUAUCUUGCAGAAUAACAGCGGCGGCCACACACUUUCCAGAAGGAAGGCACAAUCGUCCAGACACAAUCAUUUUCCUUCACAUGGAAGCUCACAACAUGAGCCAAAUCACCCUCAAACACAACAGGAAUCAAAUCAAGAAGCAGUCCUUGAGGAACAAAAAGAAGCUUGUUGGAGAACUUCUAGAACUUGUAUCAAGAAAAUUGGCUGUGAGGAUAACCGAGAACAGUGUUGUGAGAUUUGGGUAGAGAGUAGCUUUGUUAGCAAAUUCAUCGUUCACUCUGCUACUCUGCCAUGGCCGCGAGGAUGGAGCCAGGGGGUUAAUGCUAUGAGCCAAACAUCGCUGCUAACUUAAAAAUAGGAGCAGAUGAAGAAUAGCCCUUGAAUGGACAAAAAUGUCCUUCUAUUUCACGGAGCCUUAAUGUCAACUGUGACGGUGGACUAAAAUUGUUCAAUUUUUAUUAAGUUUGGGCUAAAAAUGACAAAAUUAAUAAAUGCGGACUAAAUGUGUCCAACGCACAAUAAAUAUAGGACCAAAAAUGAAUUUAACUCCUACUAUAAUAUCAAUUUUAGGUAUAUUA